GUCCUACUCAUAACGCCCUAUCACUCAUCAUCAUGGACGAGCCCCUAGAUUGGGACUCGUUUAUCUUCCGUCCUGUCGAUUUUGAUGAUUAUUUCGAUCAAUAUCCUGAGCGUUUAAACGCGUUCCACAAGUUCAUGCCGCACAAUAUAAGCCCUACCCUCAUCUUCACUACUCUUCCCAGACAGUUCAAUACUAUUACGAUACCACUGCAGGAUUCGGAGGCUUUCUUUUUCGAUAUACUCGAUGUCGGCCGGGUAUCUGAGGAUGGAGAUGACUUUUUCCGCCGGCUCGGGGAGCGGCGGGAGGAGAGGCUGAAAGAGCUGCACGAGCUCUGGAAGGAAGCGCUGGACUUCUCCAGAACGUUUAAGAAAUUCCGCAUCGAUAAGGAUUGGCAGUCUUAUUGUAAUAUCGUGUCUUCCGCCAACCUGCUACAUCGCGCCCGACGGCAGCUGGCGCCGCCGCCAGAUCCCACGAACAAGGAGCAAGAUCACCCCCUUCGGCACACUCGAGCUCUGAAGGAGGGGACCCGGCAAGCCAGGAAGCCUGGCCACCGCAAGAAGAAGGCGAGGACAGCAGCAUCCCGCCCGUCGCCAGGCCGUGUGCAGAAGAAGCCGAGGAAGAAAAAGAAGCAGAACCCGGCCAGAGACCCCGACCGUGCCCGACCUGCUGCCAGCGGCAGCCCGCAACAGACAAGGCAUGAGCGAGCCCUUGACAAGAUGCUCCAAGGGCUGGGGGGUAACGAGCGGAUAGAAAGCCGACCGCCCGUCCGUCCGGGGGAUGGGGAUGGGGAGCUUUCUCCAUCACCCCCUUCCCCCUCAGCCCUACAGCACAAGCAGCAGCAGCAGCAGCAGCAGCAGCAGCCGAAGACAUCUGUACGCAGGAGCCAACGGCUGGAGGAGAAGGCGCAGAGCAGAGCAGCUGCAGGUCUCGGUGCUAGGGACAGGUGAAGAGCGCGCCAGCGGGCAAGCCUGACAAGGGCGGAGCCUAGAGAACACCCAGCAGCGACCCAGGACUUGUGGACAUGUCGAGAGAGAGAGGGUAAGAGGGUAGGUAUCUCCUGCUAGUGAGCAGUUCUAGAGCAUCAUCACCACAGCCCCGAGCAUUCUUUCAGGCAUGGUUGUUAUCCUGGCAGGGCUGGGUGCAGCGGCGUAGUCUGGUUGAUGUGCUCUGUGGGGUUUUGACAGGCAGGCAUGGUCGUUAUCCUGGCAGGGCUGGGUGCAGCGGCGCAGUCUGGUUGAUGUGCUCUGUGGGGUUUUGACAGGCAGGCAUGGUCGUUAUCCUGGCAGGGCUGGGUGCAGCGGCGCAGUCUGGUUGAUGUGCUCUGUGGGGUUUUGACAGGCAGGCAUGGUCGUUAUCCUGGCAGGGCUGGGUGCAGCGGCGCAGUCUGGUUGAUGUGCUCUGUGGGGUUUUAGCAGGCAUGGUCGUCAUCCCGGAAGGGCUGGGUGUAGCGGCGCCGCUGGCAAGGCCGAAGCCUGAGGUUCUCUUCAGCGUAGCAGCUUUCCGUCACAUGGAAGCAAGCCAGAUCAACAGGAAGCUGGUUCGGAUGCAAGCAGGUAUGCUGUAGUUCAAUUCAUCUGAGCUUCUGCCGCUUGGACGAUCAUCUCAUGCUCCUCGGACUUGAGGAUCUGGUACUUCAUGGCAACAAGGUCCAUCUCAUGACUUCUAGCCGAAAUCAUAACCUUUUGUCUUAGGCCAUAAAGCAAAUUCUUACGCUCCAUCGGCCCAUG